GUUGACGGACGGAUGUUCAACAAAAAUUCUUCAGGAGCGACGUUCACCAUUAUUUCUCUGUUAACUACCGUGGUAUGUCGGUCGGAAAUACGAAGUGUUUGAUUGCGCGCUAUCAAACCAGCACGAGUAGGUACGUAAUUAAGAGUUGUUGGUGAAGUUUUUUGGUUACUUCCGAGGAUCAAUUACAGUGUUCUACAGAAAGAAAGAAAGUUGAGCGAAUUGGAGGCGAAUCCGCCAAUCAGUCACACUGGAGCACCACGACCAUGAAGAAUGCAAUGAUUUCGAAACUGUACUCCGAGGAAAAUAACAAAAUGAUCGUUACGGAAAAUGAAUUACCGAUGGAGAUAUCAACGUGAAAUGAAGUCCAGUUUCAAGAAUAAAAUGAGGACAUUCAAAGGAUUUUUCGUGAAAAUAAAGUUCAAGAGUGCGAGAUGUUCGGAAGUGAGAGAUUUUUGUAGUAUUUGGUUCUUCUUAGUGUUCUUGUGUGUUUUAAGUUCAGUUCAGUGUAAUAGACCACCUAGGUUUCUUAUCGAUGGACAGACUGAAAUAGUUUUAAGGUUGAAAGAGGGCAAAGAAACGCCUGUGGGUUCAGUUAUCUAUAAAUUAAAAGGACUUGAUCCUGACGGUGAUGCUCUCCAGUUUGGCGUUCGAACACAAUCAGGAAGCGACGUCAUCAAAGUCGAGAACAUAUCUCCCAACGAAGCCAAUAUCUACCUCAAAAAAGAAUUAGAUAGAGAGGAGCGGGACGAAUAUGCUUUAGUUUUAACACUAACCGAUGGUCGUUUAGGCCAUGGUAACUUUAUAACCCAGAGUUUACUCCUGCUGGUCGAAGAUGUGAACGACAACACACCAAUUUUCAAAAGUUACCAACCUACUGUAUAUCUUAAGGAAGACGCUUCGCCUGGUGUAAUCGCUACACUUGAAGCAACAGAUGAUGACGAAGGCCCUUAUGGUCAAGUUGUUUACCAUCUCCAAGAACUGGACCAAGAUGAGAGACACCUUUUUAGUUUAACUACUUCAGGAGGAAAAGCUAUUGUUAAACUUAUAGGACAUUUAGAUUACGAGAAGAAAAAUAUUCACCAACUCAAAGUGUUAGCCGUUGAUCGUGCUAAGCAAGGAAGAGUCAAUACAGGUGUUGCAGCUUUACUCGUGAAAGUUGAGGAUGUAGAAGAUCAACCACCAGAAUUUGUACGGGUUAGCCCUGUUGCUAAAGUUGCUGAGAAUUCUCCAAUCGGAACAUCUGUCUUACAAGUAAUUGCCAUAGAUGGUGAUCGUGGAAUAAACAAUCCCAUUUCCUAUUCUCUUUCCUCGAACAUUAUCUCUGGAGUUCUCGAUCUCUUUUCAAUUGACCAAAACACUGGUGUUGUUUCAACAAAAACCAUUUUGGACAGAGAGUCUAUGUUUGAAACAUCUGGAACCUUUGUACUCCAGGUUAUAGCUACAGAAAGGGGAAGUCAAGAAGUGCCAUCUCCUUGGUCAUCGACUGAGGUGACCAUCAUUGUAACAGAUGUUAACGAUGAAGCCCCUACAUUUAGAAGUAGACACUAUGAUUGUGAAGUUGCUGAAAACGCCCCUAUAAAUACCCCUUUGACAUUUCUUAGAUCAGCUAUACCAGAAGUUUUCGACUACGAUCAGGGGCUGAAUGGAACCUUCCAACUUUAUGUGAAAGGAGCCAGUGACCUUUUCGAGAUUUCUCCAACGAAAGCGGUCAAUGAAGCCACUUUCAUGAUCAAAGUGAAGAAUUCGAGUGCAUUGGAUUAUGAAAAACUUAAAAUAAUCAAUUUUACCCUGGUUGCGAAAGAAAUAGUAAAAACCAACCCAAAGUUUACAGAAGUUAGUGUGAAUGUACAUAUCCUCGACAGAAAUGACAAUUACCCAGAAUUCAUUAGAAGUAUUUAUGAUGUUAGCGUUCCCGAAAAUUGUGAUAUUGGAACAACAAUAGCUUGGGUUCAAGCUCUGGAUGAUGAUUCAGGUAACUUCGGGACUAAAGGAGUAAGAUAUACUAAUCUAGCUGGAAGUAUUGAGCAUUUGUUGAAUCUGCAUCCCACAUCAGGAGUUAUUACUGUCAAGACAGCUGGAGGACCAAAUUGGGAUAGGGAGCAAGUCUCAAGACAUUAUCUAACAGUUGAAGCGAGGGAUAACCUUGGUAGAGGAAAUAGGAAUACAGUACAGUUGGUCAUUAACCUUGAGGAUGUAAAUGAUAAUCCUCCAUUGUUUAUUUAUAACAAAUAUGAGGCUAGGCUCUUCGAGAAUAAGCCUCAUUUUGAGGUGCCCAUAAGAGUUGAAGCUCGUGAUGCUGACUUGAAUGGUACCAAAAAUAGCGAAAUCGAAUAUUCACUAUUCGGUGAAUUGUACGAAAACUUCACUAUUAAUCCACACUCAGGCAUCAUCGAACCAAAGUAUCCCUUAGAUUUUGAACUUUUAGAUGGAAGCUCCAAAGAAAACGUACGAACGUUAUUGUUAACAAUAAGGGCUAAAGAUUUAGGUUAUCCAAGUCUAUUCUCAGAUGUGCCACUGGUCGUUUACGUACAAGAUGUCAAUGAUAAUACUCCAAUAUUCGAAUAUAAUUUUUACAAUAAAACCAUUUUGGAAAACAUAACAGAGAGUACAUCUCUCCUCAAGAUAAGAGCUUGGGAUGGUGAUGGAUCUUAUCCCAACAAUCACAUCGUUUAUAGAAUACAAAGAGGAGCUUCAGAUAAAUUCGUUAUUGGUGCUGAGUCUGGUAUCAUUUCAAUAGCGAAAGGAGCAUCCUUAGAUCCUGACAUCUCAUCAUCGAGAACGUUGGAAUACAAACUAACAGUCAUUGCUAUAGAUGGAGCCCCUGGAGAAAAUAGACGUGAAAAAUCUGUCACUGUUAUUAUAAAUGUUAUUGACGUCAACAAUAAGAAACCAGUGUUCUUAGAAACCGGAAAAAUAAUUAUAAGGGAAAACACACCAGUCGGUACAAUCAUAUCGAAGAUUAUUGCGAAAGAUUUAGAUUCCACAGCUAAACUUUUUUACUCAACCAAUCCCAAUGAGUGCGAAGCAAGAAACGAGAGAGGUAAUCUUCUUCUAAGAACUCCAGAAUUUGACUGCGCAAAAAUGUUCCAUCUCAAUGCAAAAACAGGAAUUUUAACUGUAGCCAAACUAUUGGAUAGAGAAGUUGCUGAAACUUACCGCAUAGCCUUGAAUGUUGAGGAUCUAGCUUCUGAAACUGGUCCACAGAUAGCCAAAACAUUUAUCGAUGUAGAGUUGGAAGAUAUAAACGAUAACAGCCCAAAGUUCGUUAAGCCAUUCUAUAAAUUCUCAAUCACAGAAAAUUCUAAGAAUGGAGUUGCAAUAGGAAGCGUUCUAGCAGAGGAUGCAGAUAAAAAUAAAACUAUCGUUUAUGCUCUAGAGGGUAAAAUUGAAUAUAAGAAUCUGGUAUUUCUGGACACAUCAACUGGUAAUCUUGUUGUUGCAAAUCGAAUCGAUCAUGAGAUGUACAACUGGAUGAAUCUAUCGGUUAAAGCUAUUGAUUCAGGAGUUCCUCCUCGAUCUUCAAGAGUAGAACUCUUCAUUCAAGUGUUGGAUGAAAAUGAUAACAGUCCAAUUUUUAUGGCUGAACCUUCGAGGUUAAUGCUUCCUGAAGAUAUGCCUGUUGGAACGCAGGUAACAAUCAUCGAAGCUCAGGACGCAGAUUCUGGAGAAAAUGGAAAAAUUACCUAUUUAUUGGAUCGUUUGUCAUCUCAAGGAAAAUUUUCUUUAGACGCUGAUACUGGUAUUUUGAAAAUUUCGGAUAAAUUGGAUCGCGAAGAAAAAGCCUCCUAUUUACUGAUCAUAGAAGCUUGGGAUAACUAUCAAUAUGGAUUUAAUAAUGGUGAAAGUAGAAAUGCUUUCAAACAUAUAAAUGUAACCAUUCUAGACGUGAAUGAUAAUAGUCCACAGUUAUUGGUACCACCGUAUUGUAUCAAUGUUACUGAAUUUCAUGAAAUUGGCCAACCAAUAACUACAAUUCAUGCAUCAGACUCAGAUGAUCCUAGCACGUCUAAUGGUCAGGUAAUCAUUGAUAUAGCAGAUGGAAACAAUGUUGAAUUAUUCAGUGUGGAGCAGAUAAACGAAUGGUCUGCUGAGUUGAAAGCCAUAGCUCCUCUCAGAGGUCGACAUGGAAAUUAUACCUUGUUGAUGAGGGCACAAGACUUAGGAACUCCCAGUCACUUGGUGGAGGAGCCAAUAUGUAUAAGUAUAAUAGAUUUCAACGACCAUGCUCCAGUUUUUGUAACUCCCCCUCCAAACUCAACACUGCGUGUUCCAGAGAAUGCUACUGUAGGUAGCGCACUGAUUCAAAUAGUUGCUACAGAUGCAGAUAUAGGAUUAAAUGGUGCAGUAAGAUAUAAAUUGAAAGCUGACCCUGCUAGCCAUUGGAAAACUUUCAAUCUCCAACCAGUUUCUGGCGUACUAGAGUUAAGACUACCGCUUAAUAGAGGACAACAGAAAAUAUACGAUAUUAGAAUAGAGGCCUAUGAUCUUGGUACACCCACAUCUCUCAGUUCUGAUUUGGAUUUGACUGUUUACGUGAGCAAUAUAAAUGACUAUCAACCUCAAUUCCUGAGUGAUGAGUUUACAGUAAGCUUCACAGAGAAUGAAGCGCCAGGAGUCGAAAUAAGAAAGUUACCAGACACUGUUGAUAGAGAUGAUCUUGAAUUCGAAGGGCCACCAACUCCUAUAUGUUACUAUAUUAUUGGAGGAAACGAAGAUGAAUACUUCGAACUUGAUAGAAUUCAGCAUACACUGACGAUUUUGAAACCUUUGGAUCGUGAAGAACAGAGCAUCUAUCUUCUCCUUGUCAAAGCUACAGAAGAUUGUUCCUCUACUCCAAAAAGCGACGGAUUUUUCGAUCCAAAUGAUGACACCCAACUCAAAGUCAUAAUCAAUGUUACAGAUGUUAAUGAUAAUGCUCCUCGAUUUCUACAUAGAGUGUUCACUGGAGGUGUUAGUACAGCUACAGACUUCGGUACAAGAUUUAUGUCUGUGAAGGCAGUUGAUGCUGAUAUUGGAAUCAACGCCAGAAUCAAAUAUUAUUUGAUAGGAAAAAUUCAAAUGACUCUCACAGAAGGUUUGGAGAAUAUACACAAACCGCCAUUUGUGGUUGAUGAGGAUACAGGUGAUGUUAUUCUCAAUUUUGAUCCACAGCAAGGAAUGAAAGGCUACUUUGACUUCAUGGUCAUGGUUAACGAUACAGACAAUCUUCGUGAUAUGUCUCGGGUCUUCAUAUAUCUGCUGAGAGAAGAUCAAAGAGUUCGUUUUGUUCUAAGACAACAUCCACCUGAAUUGAGAGAAAAAAUCGAACUAUUCAGGGAAAUACUAGGUAAUGUGACUGGAGCAAUCGUUAAUAUAGAUGAAUUUAGGGUACAUGCUAAUCAUGAUGGAACUGUAGACAAAACAAGAACCGAUUUAUACCUUCAUCUGGUAGACAAAAAUGAUAACUCAAUUCUGGAGGUAGAAGAGGUUCUUCGAUUGGUCGACCAAAAUACUGAAAAAUUAGACAGUCUUUUCAAAGAUUUCAAUGUGUUGGAUACGCAACCUGGAGGAGCCCUUGCAUUGCAAUCCCUUCAAACUGUUAACCAGACAUUUUGGUUAACAGCUUCUUCAAUGUUUUUAUUGCUUCUGUUAUGUCUUUGCUUAGCAUUAUGUUGGAAUCAAAGGCAAAGAUACCAUAGGAAAUUAAAGGCAGCAACGGCAACUGCUUAUGUGGGUGCAGAUUCUGAGAUCCAUGAGAGAGGAGGAGGUCUCAGCAUCAUUAGCGGACGUGUACCAAAUACCAACAAACACACUAUGCAUGGUAGCAACCCAAUUUGGCUUCAGGCAUAUGAAAAUGAAUGGUUCAAAAAUGGAGAUUUAUACAGCCAAGCUUCUGAGCAUGACUCCCUUGAUGAAAACGUAAUCAGCAAUCCAGAAAGUAACAUCUGCACCAACGAUCAAAUGGAAGAGAAGUGCAACCAUAGACCACAAAAUGUUUAUCAAACUCUACCUCCAGCACCACUUCCAAGAAAAUUAGAAACAACGGAAUUAUGAAUAAUUGAGAAAUUAUUUUUUAAAAGAUGGCAGGAAGGAAAUCUAUAAACUAUUGUAAUUUACAAUUCAUUUUGAUCUCUUAAAAUGAUAUUAAUCUGACAACGAGUUUCACCUUUUACAUAGAACAUUUUUCAUUACACCUGGUACGAUGAAAUAUGUGAACUGAGUGAAUAUGUUAAGUGAAAGUGUAAUAAUAACAGAGUACUCUUGUAGAAUGGAGAUGUGUUAUUUAUGUUAGUUAUAAGUAUACAGGCUGUGUGCAAUAUUUAUUUUCCCAAUUGUUUGAUGGAAGUCAGUAGAUUUAUUUUAAGAAAAUGAACCUAAUUUGUAAAAUGGAAUUUAUGUAAAACUUUUCAAUCUCACAGAAUAACUUAUCACUGUAAAUAAUAGCAUUCAUCACUAAUGUCUAGGAAAAUUCAUUCGCUAUUUUAUAUUUCUCUUAGGUAAAUACGGAAUUGAUAUCGAUUGAGAUUGAUAUUCUCCAAAUUCUGAAAUAUGAUGGAAUAAACACUAUAUGCACAUUCUG